ACUAACUCCACAAAGGUCCUCUGCACCGCACACUGCAGAGUCCGCGUUGCCGCUAACUUUUAACGGCUCCACCGCACAUAAACUGCUUGCUUGCAUGCUUCUUACUUGGGCUGCAAUUGGAGGAACACACACUCACUCACUCACUCACUCACUCACUCACUCACACACACACACGCCAGUGGACGGUGAUGGCUCUCAGGGAGUCGCCGGUGGCUUUGAAUGGGACACAUAUUUCCUACAUUGGACAUGAUUGUAAGGACAUCCCAGACUUCCUCGGGGACACGUACGGCCAGUUUGCAAGGAGGUUGGACUUGAGCUUCAACCAGCUGAGGUCCUUGGCGGGCCUCACAAUGUUCACCGAGCUGGAAGAGCUGGUCGUCGACAACAAUCUGCUUGGGAAUGACCUCCGGUUGCCCGGGUUACCCAACCUGCACACCUUAACGCUCAAUAAGAACAAACUGACUGAUAUUGAAGCCCUGCUGGAACACUUGGCUGACGUGACCCCGUCACUGGAGUACCUCAGCCUGCUGGGGAACGAGGCCUGCCCCAACCAGCUGGUCAGCCUGGAUAAAGACGAGGACGACUACCAGAGAUACAGCCGCCCAGAGAAGCCGCAUUUGAGAACCACCCUCUGCCCUACACUCCUCUACCCCGAGGAUCCAGAGACGCUAAGAACCAUAAAGGCGUCUUCGCCAAGUGCCGCUACGUCUACUACGGCAAACAUUCCGAAGGCAACAGAUUCAUCCAGAACGACCAGCUCUGAUGUGGCAGGAACACCACAGGACGGCACACGCACGGAAAGCCAUAUGACGACACUAUUUAUUGAAAUUAGCCGGCGAUAUUGCAGUUCAGUCAAUAUAUUUGCUGUUGACUUUGUGUCUUCUGUAAGACAUCCCCUCAGCAUUACUUGCACACACGCACACAUACACACACGCACACAUACACACACACACACAGAGUGACAAACAACCUAUUGCGUGUCUCUGACAGCCAUGAUGGAUCACCCAUCCACUGCUGCCACUAAUCAAGGGUGAAAGGGUGACGGUCACACACCUGAGCCCUGACAUGGACACAUCCUACACACACACACACACACACACACACACACACACGAUAUAAAACACUGCAAUUGGAACUCAGUGGCUCUUCCUUAUUUCGAGUGUAGAGCAAAGAAAAUGUCUCCUGUUUUGCCUGACCACAUGAUACAAAUUGUAAACAAAAAAUUGUUUAUGAAAUGUUUGCUUAUCUUUGUUCAGAUCUGACAUUGCGUGUUUCUCUCUUUAUCAUUUAGCAUUAGCACCCUGCUCUUUACAUUGUGUUUACAUUUAAGAUAAUUGUGAUACAAGCAAUCAUUUCCAAAAUGUAAAAUAGAUAUUUUUGUCUUUUAAAUCAAUUUUAUCCAUUAAAAAAAUCUAUUAGUCGUCUUUAUGUCUGUUUUCUGUAUGCAG